AUGUCUGAAGUAAGACGUCUCUACAGUGACCUCUUUCUUGAGACCCUCCUGUAUGAGCCAGGCCCGGACCUUCCGACUAUGGAGAUCCCUGGCAUGACUGGUCCCCCGGAGGAGCACUUUCACGCCCUGGAGGAGGACUUCGACCCCCUGGAGGACUUUGAUCUCAUGACGUGCAUUGAGGGCAGUGACCAGGUGGCCCUGCGGCUGGCCUGCAUUGGGGACGAGAUGGACCUACGCCUCAGGAGCCCGCGCUUGGCCCAGCUGCCUGGGAUGGCCAUGAACAGCCUGGCUCUGGCUCUCACCUACAACCAGACAGGCGUCAGGGGUGUUCUUGGAAGUCUUAUUGACGGUCUCAGCAACCUCAGGGAGAACGUAAUAAGGUUCUGGAGAUCCCAGACCCCCAGGACCUGGUCUGGUGAGGCACCUGGGCUUCCCCUUCGCCACCCUGCGCUCGCCCAGCUCAACCCCAAGGCCCCAGGGCCCCUGGAGCCUGCUGGCUCACGCUGCUCACUCUUGGUCCCGCAGGUGCUGCUGCCUGGGCUGCUGCUGCUGCUGCUGCUGCUGCUGCUCCUGCUGCCCCAGUGA